AUGGCCCUGAGCACCCACAUCAGGGCUGAACUACUGCUCCUGGGGCUUCUGACGACAGGCCUGACCCAGGUGCCGAUCCUGGCCUCAGCCCCCCGAGGCUUCUGGGCUCUGCCCGAAAACUUGACAGUGGUGGAGGGGGCUGUUGCUGAACUGCGGUGCGGGGUCCAUGCUCCUGGCAGCGCGGUGCAAUGGGCCAAAGACGGGCUGCUCCUCGGCCCUGAUCCUAGGAUCCCCAGUUUCCCGCGGUAUCGCCUGGAGGGAGACCCUGCUAAAGGUGAAUUCCACCUGCAUAUUGAAGCGUGUGACCUCAGCGAUGAUGCAGAGUAUGAGUGCCAGGUUGGCCGCUCAGAGACAGGCCCUGAACUCGUGUCUCCCAGAGUGAUCCUCUCCAUCCUGGUGCCCCCCAAGGUGCUUCAGCUGACCCCUGAAGCAGGGAGCACAGUCACAUGGGUAGCUGGGCAGGAGUACACCAUCAGCUGUGUGUCUGGGGAUGCCAAGCCAGCACCUGACAUCACCUUUCUCUUGAGUGGACAAACAAUUUCCGGUAUCUCUGCUAAUGUGAAUGAGGGGUCCCAGCAGAAACUCUUCACCACGGAGGCCACAGCCAGGGUGACACCCCAGAGCUCGGAUAAUGGGCAGUUACUGGUCUGUGAGGGAUCCAGCCCAGCUUUGGAUACUCCUAUCAAGGCUUCAGUCACCAUGAAUGUUCUGUUCCCCCCAGGGCCCCCCAUCAUCGAAUGGCCAGGCCUGGACGAGGGGCAGGUGCGAGCAGGGCAGAGCUUGGAGCUGUCGUGCACAGCCCGAGGAGGGAAUCCGCUAGCCACACUGCAGUGGCUGAAGAAUGGCCAGCCCGUGUCCACAGCGUGGGGCACAGAACAUGCUCAGGCGGUAGCCCGCAGCCUCUUAGUGAUGAUCGUGAGGCCGGAAGACCAUGGGGCGAGGCUCAGCUGUGAGGCCUACAACAGCGUAUCUACAGGGAUCCAGGAACGUGGGGUCACGCUGCAGGUCACCUUUCCCCCCAGUGCCAUUACUAUCUUGGGAUCUGCGUCCCAGUCUGAGAACAAGAAUGUGACAGUCUCCUGCAUCACCAAGUCCAGUCGCCCACGGGUCCUCCUGCGAUGGUGGCUGGGCUGGCGGCAGCUGCAGCCCAGCGAGGAGACGGUCAUGGACGGCCUACAUGGUGGCCACAUCUCCAUGUCUAACCUGACGUUCCUGGCGCGAAGGGAGGACAACGGUCUGACCCUCACAUGUGAGGCCUUUAGCGAGGCUUUCACCAAAGAGACCUUCAAGAAGUCGCUCACCCUCAAUGUGAAAUAUCCUGCCCAGAAGCUGUGGAUUGAGGGCCCCCCAGAGGGGCAGCGCCUCCGGGCUGGGAACCGGGUGAAGCUGGUGUGUUUGGCCAUUGGAGGCAACCCAGACCCCUCCCUCACCUGGUACAAGGACUCGCGCACCGUGACCGAACCGCGGCCGCCCCAGGAACCACGGCGGGUGCAGCUGGGAAGUGUGGAGAAGUCGGGGAGCAUCUUCUCCCGAGAGCUGGUGCUGAUCACCGGUCCGUCCGACAACCAGGCCAAGUUCACAUGCAAAGCCGGCCUGCUCAGCGCGUCCACGCAGCUCGUGGUGCAGUUCCCCCCGACUAAUGUGACGAUCCUGGCCAACGCGUCGACGCUACGCCCCGGGGAUGCCUUAAACUUGACGUGUGUCAGCGUUAGCAGCAACCCUCCAGUCAACUUGUCGUGGGACAAGGAGGGGGAGAGGCUGGAAGGUGUGGCCGCCCAGCCCCGCCGGGCUCCAUUCAAAGGUUCCGCCGCCGCUGGGAGCGUCCUUCUGAGACUCUCAUCCCGUGACCACGGCCACCGCGUGACCUGUAGCGCCCACAGCACCGAGCUGCGGGAAACCGUGAGCGCCUUCUACCGCCUCAACGUGCUGUACCCUCCAGAGUUCCUGGGGGAGCAGGUGCUUGUGGUGACCGCGGUGGAGCAGGGCGAGGCACUGCUGCCCGUCUCCGUGUCUGCCAACCCCGCCCCGGAGGCCUUCAACUGGACCUUCCGCGGCUACCGACUCAGCCCAGCUGGCGGCCCUCGGCAUCGAAUCCUGUCUGGUGGAGCGCUGCAGCUAUGGAAUGUGACCCGCGCUGACGAUGGCCUCUACCAGUUGCACUGUCAGAACUCGGAGGGCACAGCGGAAGCUCUCGUGAGACUGGAUGUACAAUAUGCUCCCACCAUCCGAGCUCUCCAAGACCCCACUGAGGUGAAUGUUGGGGAUUCUGUGGACAUAGUCUGCACUGUGGAUGCCAAUCCCAUCCUUCCUGAGAUGUUCACCUGGGAGAGGCUGGGAGAAGAAGGGGAGGACCAGAGUCUGGAUAACAUGGAGAAGAUGUCAAAGGGAUCCACAGGGCGUCUUCGUAUUCACCAUGCCAAGCUGACCCAGGCUGGUGCUUACCAAUGCAUUGUGGACAAUGGGGUGGCACCUCCAGCCCGAGGGCUGGUCCGUCUUGUUGUCAGAUUUGCCCCCCACGUGGAGCAUCCUGCUCCCCUAACGAAAGUGGCUGCAGCUGGGGACAGCACUAGUUCUGCCACCCUUCACUGUCGUGCCCGAGGUGUCCCCAACAUCGUCUUCACUUGGACCAAAAACGGGGUCCCUCUGGAUCUCCAGGAUCCAAGGUACACAGAGCACACAUACCACCAGGGUGGCGUCCACAGCAGCCUUCUGACCAUUGCCAACGUGUCUGCAGCCCAGGACUAUGCCCUCUUCACAUGCAUAGCCACCAACCCCCUCGGCUCAGACCACACCAACAUUCAACUCGUCAGCAUCAGCCGCCCUGAUCCGCCAUCGGGACUGAAGGCUGUGAGCGUGACCCCAUAUUCAGUGGGCCUGGAGUGGAAGCCUGGCUUUGAUGGGGGCUUGCCACAGAGGUUCCAAAUCAGGUAUGAGGCUCUGGGGACUCCAGGGUUCCUGUACAUGGAUGUCCUACCACCCCAGGGCACCACCUUCACACUGACUGGGCUGCAGCCUUCUACACGAUACAGGGUCUGGUUGCUGGCCAGCAAUGCCCUGGGUGACAGCGGACUAGUUGACAAAGGGUCCCAGAUCUCAAUCACCACCCCAGGUCUAGACCAACCUUCUCGAGAACCCGACUACCAGCUACCCACAGAGCAGCCUGCAGGACCCUCGGAGAUGCCCUUGCUGCCUGUGCUGCUUGCUGUCGGAGGUCUUUUGCUGCUUUCUAAUGCCUCCUGCGUCGGGGGAUUCCUCUGGCAGCGGAGACUGAAGCGUCUUGCUGAGGGCAUUUCAGAGAAGACAGAGACAGGGUCGGAGGAAGACCGAGUCAGGAAUGAAUAUGAGGAGAGCCAGUGGACUGGAGAUCGGGACACUCGAAGCUCCACGGUUAGCACAACAGAUGCAGAGCCAUAUUACCACUCCAUGAGGGACUUCAGCCCCCAGCUGCCCCCCACAAUGAAAGAGGUGUCUUAUCCCCGAGGUCUCAGGGCUCUUGAGGAGGAGAAUAUGGCCUUUCCUGGGCACCUGUAUGAUGAGGUGGAAAGAGUGUGUGCUCCAUCUCAGGCCUGGGGACCCCUCUACGAUGAAGUACAGAUGGACUCCUGUGAUUUCCGCUGGCCUGGGGACAGAUAUGAGGACGCAAGAGGAAUUUAUGAUCAGGUGGCGGGAGAUCUGGACCCUGUGGAUCCCGAUGCUAUACCCUUUGAGCUGAGGGGACAUCUGGUGUGA